GCUGUGGAGCCGUUGUGUGAGCACUGAUCCCGGGCUCUCUUUCCCCGCAAACAGCCGCACCAGAGACACUUUUACCGCAACGUGGUUUUGUCUUAUUUACGGAUGGUGAACUAUUCCGUCGAGUUCUUAUCGAAUAGUAACUGUUUUAGUUGUCAAAAAGGAGCUAAAGACCCGUGUUUCCUCGAAGCUAUCAUGCUGAACACAGAGGAAAGUUCCUGGUUAUCGGGGUCCCGGCUCCCCGGCUCCAUCCCUCAGUCUCCAGGGCCUCUGUGGUGCUCCGAUGCCCCUCACCCACAACAGAAGAUCCCGGGUGGGCGAGGGACUGUGAGGGAUCACUCUCUCGGCGUGCUACUACACAAGAAUGAGAGGUUAACAGUGACGCAGGCCGCUCCAGCGAGUGGAAACCCCUCUUUUCUCCGCUUCCACUACCAGCUGAACGAGCACCGCUCGGCCUCCUGGGACGCCGCUCUGUCAGGAGACAGCUUCUUCCUGGAGAUCCCCGCAGGGCCGCUGGUGGAGGGCAGCAAAGAGGGGCUGACUGCUCUGCUGGAGUUUGCAGAAGAGAAGCUCAAAGUUAACUACGUGUUCCUGUGGUUCCAUAAAAACAGAGAGGAUCGAUUGUCCAUCAUCAGAACGUUCCACUACAUGGGCUUUGAGAUGGUGAAGCCGGGGAACCCCAUGGUACCGGCCCGGCCCGACCUGGCCUUCAUGGUUUACUCUCUGGACAACAGCAGCUCAGACGAGGAGUGACCGCCCUCCUUCUCCUCCUCCUCCCUCCUCCUCCUCUUGCUCCUCCUCCCAACAUAGAACCCCCCCGCCCCGCCCCCCCCGCCCCUCAUCACUGACUAGGAGCUGUCACUUUUUUUAAUAGACUUGUGAUUUAAGGAGGGUGUUUGGGAACGUGUGAGGAUCUCUACAGAUCGGACAAACAGGGAGUGAACUCAGCCGCCCACGUUGCAUCUUGGGAGUUUUCUUUUUUUUUCCCACUGCGUGGUUCUUCUUCUCUCGGCCACGGUAUUUGUUAACGCCGCCAUCGACGACGAGACAAACGGCGGUUUGACUUUUCAGCAGAAGAAUUCAGAAAAUCUCUGCAACCUUUUUUGUAAGAAAACAGACUUUGGUUUGUGUUUGUGUGCUUCUAUCUGCAGGAGGGAAUCAGGCUCCGCUCAAUAAAACGUUCUGCUUCAUCAUCCAGAUGGGUGGAAGCCUCAUCUGUCACAUUUAAAGUGUUUCUCUGUUAAGGCAUCAUUCCAGCACACGUCUAUCACUCUGGGGAUUUUUUCUUUUUGGUUUGUUUCUCGCCACAAAUGUGGAAAUACCCUGUUAGUGUAAGGCAGCAAACAGCUUCAGUCUGCACGGCAACAAACACACAAACAAUGUUUAGAGUUGUUUGAUUCUUAAAGGUCAUAAGCUGAAUCACUGUUGGUAUAGUUAUGAUGGUCAGGUUGAAAAAGAAGCUCCACUUCCUGUUACUUUGCAUUAAAAUGUACAAAUAAUGUUUGAAUCUAGAGAAGCUUCCAGCCCAGUUUGUGCCUCGUAAUUAUUAUUUUCAUCAAACUCGUCACAGAAAAGUUGUGACGCUGCGUGAAAAGUAAACAAAAACAAUGCAUAUUUAUAUUUACAAGUUUAUCAUUACCAUAUUUUUGGACAUCAAUUUAUACUUUUUAAUCAAAUAAAUAUCACAAAUGAUGAGAAAAUGAUUGCGUUUUAAUUUUAUUUACAAUUUAGGCAGCGUCCAAACUUUUUUGGAAUCUGGAAAAUCCAUAAAUCUCAUAUUUCUGAGGCUGAAAAAAAGCAUUUUCUGCCAUUUUUGCAUGAAAUUUAAAUGAUUGUCAAAAUAGUUGCUACAUAGACUAAUCAUUCAGGGUUGCCAUGGUUACGAAAAACCUUGAAAUUUAAUGGAAUUUCAAAAUUUUACUUUUUACCAGGCCUGGAAAAGUCAUGAAAUCAGUUCAAUCGUUAACAUUUUUUGGGAAAAGUUAUGCAAUCUUUCUGUGUGCAAUGAAUUAUUACAGUAAUCUACUGUGGAUUAAAAAAAUAAGUGUUAUAAUAAGAACAUAAAUAAAUUUAUUUUCUGAAGCUGUUAGCAGAGUUUUGAUAGUUUAAAGUGUUUUUUUUCUUCAUUGUUUUGCAGCCUUCCACUUGGUAAAAAAUGUAAUUAUGGCACCUUGAAAAGUCCUGGAAAAGAUUUUAGAUUUAGUCUUUGAAAAUGUGCAGAAUCCUGAUUGUCGCAGCUCUCGUGAGAAAUUACAUUAAUGUCCUUGUUGUUCUGUACAACAGAAUAAUUGUUUAUCCUAAAGUGAUUAUUUUACAUUUCAUACGAGGGCUCAAACUGGGCUUGAAGCUUCGUGUCCCAUCGUGUCUCCACCAGUUGAAAGCUCGGUUAGAAACGAGGCUUUUUGUGCCUAACGAGGAGAGUGCAAUGUUCAUAUUUUUUACUCUUGAGUCUUAUUGAGGAAUGUGUCCGUUUUCCAUAUUUCGCCCGGUGCAGACUGAGUCACAGCGCUCAUUGUUCGAGGUACAGCAGGAGCACUUCAGGUGAUCACCGUAUAUGCAAUUAGUUUAAAGUCGGGACGAGUCCUGCUCUCUUUCUGUGGUUUAUUAUUAUUAAAAACUAAAACGCCAAAGAAUCCAUUCUGUGUGUAAACGCUGUGGACUGAACUCCUCCUGCUUCUCAUAUUCAGCUGAUUGAAGGAGUAUGUAAAGCAAUAUUAACCUACAUUCCCCAUCAGCCGUUCUACCUGAGACGUGACGUGUCGGUGGGGCCUUUUCUUUCUGCAUGUUCACAUCACCACUCUUCUUCUUCUUCUUCUUUUCUUCUUCUUCUUCUUUUUCUUCUUCUUGUUGCUACUGAUCGAGCCCUUCGACUACGAGCUGUUAGGAAAUGUCAAUA